CGAAUACGGGUGGGAAAGAAUGACGCUCUGAUGUAGUCAAACCCAUGCGAUGAGGCGUAGUUGGGGAAGAAUGGCUCGGUCAGUGCGAAGCUCGGCUUGACUCAGGAGCCGGAAGUGUCCUGGCGCGCGCGAGUGUGUCCGACUGGAUUAACCGGAACCGUAUGAGAAUCCGCGAACUCGGUGUAGUUUGUGGUGGCCGCGCGCAGCCGAGGAGGAGCCCAGAGCCGGCUGAGAGAGACUCAGGACCGCCGUGACGGAGAAUAACAGCUCACUGGCGACUGCUUUUCAUCAUAAACAAUAAUAAAUAAGUCGCGUUAAAAAAAAAAAAAUCACACAGUUAGCAUUGUAUUCGGUGACUAGCUGAAAGUGAACGGUUUUAAACCUUUAGCUAGCAACCGAGCUAGCCUCAGAGAGUAGCUUAACAACAACAACAAGAGGAGGAGGAGGAGCUUUGCGCUUCAUCACGACGAAAAUAUUGCUGAAUUAAACCGAAAGAUUUUCUUUGAGGAGCUCGGUUUCGGUUCUGGACAGUGAGCUCGGUUCAGUUAAACCGGAGAUGGAGCUCCAGCAGGGCUGAGUUUCUGACAGGAAGACUGGAGAGCGGUGUCGGAGAGCGGUCAGUGAUAAAGCGAGUGGAAGUGAAACCUCUCCCACUGGGAUUGUGUGUGUGUGUGUGUGUGUGUGGGUUCUCCUGGUCUCGGUUUCUAAUGCGGAGGCCCUGAUCAGCCCCGGCGGGCCGCCAUGCUCAAGUGCAUCCCUCUCUGGCGGUGUAACCGCCACGUUGAGUCGGUGGAUAAGCGGCACUGCUCUCUGCACACCGUCCCUGAUGAGAUCUACCGCUACACCCGCAGCCUGGAGGAGCUCCUGCUCGAUGCCAACCAGCUCAGAGAACUGCCCAAGCCCUUCUUCAGGCUACUGAACCUGCGCAAGCUCGGCCUGAGCGACAAUGAGAUCCAGAGACUUCCCCCUGAGGUGGCCAACUUCAUGCAGCUUGUGGAGCUGGACAUCUCUCGAAAUGGCAUUCCUGAGAUCCCCGAGACCAUUAAGUUCUGUAAGGCGCUGGAGAUCGCGGACUUCAGUGGAAACCCCCUCUCCAGAUUACCUGAUGGCUUUACACAGCUUCGAGCACUAGCCCACCUUGCACUCAAUGACGUGUCACUACAAUCACUACCGAAUGACAUUGGAAACUUGGCUAACCUGGUAACCCUGGAGCUGAGGGAGAAUCUACUGAAGUCUUUACCCACCUCUCUGUCUUUCCUGGUGAAACUGGAGCAGCUAGAUUUGGGCAGCAAUCAACUGGAAGUAUUGCCGGAUGCACUGGGGGCCCUGCCCAACCUCCGUGAGCUGUGGUUAGACAGGAACCAACUUUCUUCACUCCCCCCAGAGCUGGGAAGUUUGCGGCGCUUGGUGUGUCUGGAUUUGUCAGAGAACCGGCUGACGGAGUUGCCCUCCGAGAUCAGGGGCCUCAUCGCCCUCACUGACCUGCUGCUCUCACAGAACCAUCUGGACACCGUGCCUGAUAGCAUCGGCUCCUUGAAGCAGUUAUCUAUCUUCAAAGUGGACCAGAACCGCCUGGUCCGUCUAACAAAUUCAAUCGGCGAAUGUGAGAACCUCACAGAACUGAUGCUGACGGAGAAUCUGCUACAGUCUCUUCCGAGUUCUCUGGGCAACUUAAAGAAGCUGACCAACCUGAACGUGGACCGUAACCGCUUGAGCAGUGUACCAGCUGAAUUGGGUGGCUGUGCCAGUCUCAAUGUGCUCUCGCUCAGAGACAACCGCGUGGGCAAGCUGCCUUCUGAGCUUGCGAAUGCCACGGAGCUUCACGUACUGGAUGUGGCAGGCAACAGGUUGCAGAACUUACCAUUCUCGCUUGCCAACCUGAACCUCAAGGCCAUGUGGUUGGCAGAGAACCAGUCCCAACCUAUGCUCAAGUUUCAAACCGAGGACGACGAGCGGACAGGAGAGAAGGUCCUCACCUGCUACCUGCUGCCCCAACAGCCUACACCCAGCUUAGAGAACCUGCUGCAGAGCAGCGUGGAUGAAAGUUGGCCCACAGACACUAAUCUGAACAGAGUGUCUGUCAUCCAGUUUCAGGACCACACCAAGCCUGAUGAGGAAGAUGAUGAGACUGCGGCAGAGAAGAGGCAGGGUCUGCAGAGGCGAGCCACCCCUCACCCCAGCGAGCUGAAAGUGAUGAAGAAUGCGAUUGAGGCCAGGAGACCUGAGGCUUACACAGCUAAGCCAGAUGAAGACCUGGACUCUCCAGACGCUGAGGAGAAACGUAUGAGUGGAUUGUCCAAUCAGAGCCAUGACUCCCAGUUCUCUAACAGCACUGCCUCAGCUAACUCUCAUGAUGAGAGACAGAAAGUAAAUGGCAUCGCACAACACGAGCACGAACAGGAAGACGAGGAAGAGGAGGCAGAAUACACUGAGCCCACUGUGCACUUUGCCGAGGAGCCCAUUAUCCGCGGCGGUGACGAGGAGGAUGAGGAUGAAAACGAGGAGGACGAAGACGGCGAGCAGAGCGACGACGAGGCUCGGUCAGCCCCCUUCCCUGCUGAGAAACAGCGCCUCAUCCGCAAGGACACGCCACACUACAAGAAGCACUUCAAGAUCACCAAACUGCCCAAACCUGAGACUGUCGCUGCAUUACUGGAGGGGUUCAGCCCUGACGCCGCCACACCAGCCUCCCGAAUCCCCAACGACGAGGAGGAGGAGGAGGAGGACGACGAAGAGGGAGCAUCGGUUAAGACCCCUCUGCUGCGGAGACUGGAGGCGGCUGAGCAGGAGGACAGCAGGCUGACUCAUCAGGUGAACAGCUCGCUGCAGCCAGUGAAGGGGGUGUCAUUUGAUCAAGUCAAUAAUCUGCUGAUUGAGCCUGCUCGAAUUGAGGAGGAAGAGCUGGUCCUGAGUAUCCUGAGACAAACUGGUGGAUUAGGCAUCAGUAUAGCUGGGGGGAAAGGAUCCACUCCUUACAAGGGAGAUGAUGAGGGUAUCUUUAUCUCCCGAGUGUCAGAAGAUGGUCCAGCUGCACGAGCUGGGGUCAAAGUGGGAGACAAACUACUCGAGGUAAACGGGGUAGAGCUGCAGGGAGCGGAGCACCACACGGCAGUGGAGGCCUUGCGGAGCUCAGGAACGGCGGUGACCAUGACGGUGCUGCGUGAGCGGAUGGUCGAGCCUGAGAACCCCAUCACCACUACGCCCCUGAGACCAGAGGAUGAUUACUUUCCUCGGGAGAGGAGGUCCGGUGGCCUUCCAUUCAACCUGGAGCCUGGAUCCACCACCGUUAGCACGGGCCCCUGCCAACGCCUGGCCACCUGCUUAGUCCGCAAUGACAAGGGCUUAGGAUUCAGCAUCGCUGGAGGAAAAGGCUCCACGUCAUACCGGACAGGAGACAUGGGAAUCUUCAUCUCUCGCAUUGCUGAAGGAGGUGCUGCUCAUAGAGACAACAUCCUUCACGUGGGAGACAGAGUCAUAUCUAUCAAUGGUGUAGACAUGACAGAAGCCAGACAUGACCAAGCAGUAGCGCUGCUUACCGGCACCUCCCCUACCAUCUCGCUGCUAGUGGAGCGGGAACAAGCGAACGUGGGCGGCUCCUCGGGCCGAGCACGCUCCCACUCUCCUCCUCCUCCAGAGCCCUCAGACUCACCAGAGCAAGAAGAGGCUGGAGAUGACCGUCUGGGGAACCAUCUCAGCUGUCCGAUGGAGGACGAGUACCCCAUCGAGGAAGUGGCACUGGUCAAAACGGGUGGUCCUCUGGGUUUGAGCAUCGUGGGUGGCAGUGACCAUGCCAGCCACCCAUUUGGCAUCAGUGAACCAGGAGUGUUUAUUUCCAAGGUGAUCCCUCAUGGCUUAGCCUGUCAGAGUGGAUUACGGGUAGGUGACCGCAUCCUGGAGGUGAACUCCAUUGAUCUGCGACACGCCACCCACCAGGAGGCCGUCAAAGCCCUGCUGUCCAACAACAAGGAGAUCCGCAUGCUUGUGCGCAGAGACCCCUCGCCACCUGGCAUGCAGGAAAUCGUCAUUCACAAGCAGCCUGGAGAGAAGCUGGGCAUCAGCAUCCGAGGAGGAGCCAGAGGGCAUGCAGGCAACCCCUUCGAUCCAACAGAUGAGGGCAUCUUCAUCUCCAAGGUGAGCUCCAGUGGUGCUGCGGCACGAGAUGGCCGCCUCAAGGUGGGGAUGAGAAUCCUGGAGGUGGGCAAUCACAGCCUCCUUGGUAUGACUCAUACGGAGGCAGUCAGGGUCUUGCGUGCCACAGGAGAUACCUUGGUCAUGCUGGUGUGUGACGGCUUUGACCCCAGAAACGUCGCAGGCAUGGAGGCAUCUCCAGGCAUCAUCGCAAACCCGUUUGCUGCUGGAAUUGUUCGAAAGAACAGCAUGGAGAGCAUCUCCUCAAUAGACCGAGAUCUGAGCCCAGAAGAGAUGGACAUCAUGCAGAAGGAGGUUGAGAUGGUGAGGGAGACGUCUCAGUGGGAGCGGGAGGAGAUGGAGAAAGUGGAGCGUAUGCGCUUGGAACGUGAAGCGGCUACUCGUCUGCUGGAGGAGGAGACUGAGAGCAUGAGCACUGGACCUCUGAAACUGGACUACAAGACACUGGCAGCUCUUCCCACAACCAGCCUGCAGAGGGUCAAUCGGGCUCCAUCGGCUGAGCCCCCAAGAAUCGACAGUCCUGUCCGGGAGCCUCUUUAUUCCCCAGGUUCUCAAUUGCCAUCAUUUCACCAGUCCUCAUCCUCAGCCCCUGUCACACAAGGCAGGGAGACGCGAUUCGCAAGCAUUCAUUUAUCCUCCAACGUGACUGCCAAGGACAAUUCAGCUACCAAGCCUGGUGCCAUCCAGCCUAUCUCACGAGUGCGGCCUCCUUCCUCUCCCGUCACUCAGGAUGGUCACAAUAGUCCCAACCCUUUCCAGCAUGGCCCUUCCCCCAGCAGCUUCCAGACCACUGAUCUCUAUGGUCAGAGGAACAACUUUCACCCAAAGCAGACAUUGCCAGAGCCAGAGGAGUAUAAUGAAGUGUUUAUAGGUGAGGGUGAAGGAGGGGGCCUCAGCCCUCACCCGUCCCUCUCAUCUGACCGUCGUGAGUACAGGAAUCUGGCAGCUGUGCCACGCCUGUCUCGUCCUUCCCUGCAGUCUGAGCCUCCCACGUCCUGUGGGAAACGGAGCCCAGAGCAGCGGUCUUUCAGAGACAGACAGAAGUACUUUGAGAUCGAUGUGAAGCAGCAGACACCAGACAACAAACCUAAACCUCGUGUUUCACUUGUAGGAGAGGAUGAUCUGAAAAAAAUGAAGGAGGAGGAAGCCAAGAGAAUCGAGCAGAGAGCACGGGAGUAUCUGAUGGAUGAGGAUGAGGAGGACGAAGAGGAAGAUUUGGCAAAGCAGGUGGCGCAGAUGAAGGCCCAGGGCAAGGUGAUUCUGGAUGGGGUAGAGUACAAGGUUGAGUCUGUCAGCGGCCCCUCGUCCACUCCUCCCAGGCAAUGUGCCACACCUCCAAACUACAGUGCCACACCAUCCAGCUACUGUGGCAGCUCAGGGACUUCCUCUGUAGAUGGUCGGGGUGAUUCCCAGCGCAACUCUAUGGAGGAUAGCUUCAGACUGGAGCAGAGACCCAACUCCAUGACUGGUCUGAUCCCUGUGUACCCCGGCGAGUCUGCAGCUCCCAUCCGUACUGCCAAGGCUGAACGCCGGCACCAGGAGAGGCUGCGUGUGCAGAGCCCAGAGCUCAGUGUGGUUCCAGACAAGGAUCUUUCUCCUGCAGAGAAACGCGCACUAGAGGCAGAGAAGAGAGCCAUGUGGAGGGCAGCCAGGAUGAAGUCUUUAGAGCAGGAUGCUCUCAAGGCUCAGAUGGUCAUUGCGAAGUCCAAGGAAGGGAGAAAGCGAGGCACUCUGGACCAGUUGGCUGAAUUGCCAUCUCCUGCACCCACGCCUUCACCCACUCCUAUGGAAGAUGUCAGUCCUCGCGCUGUUACAUCACCAGGUCGACUGUCCCUGUCAGAAAAGAAGUUUGACUACCGACAAUUCGCUGCCAUUCCUUCUUCUAAACCCGUAUACGACAUUCAGUCUCCAGAUGCUACAGAUGUUCGAUUCAACAGUGAUGCCUCCUCUAGCCCAGUUUCCUGUGUAGAAGCUGAGGUGCCUGUAGCUACUGUGGCCGCCACAUCUGCUCUGGAGGAGAUGGCUCUGUACAGCAACAAGCGUAAACUCCGACAGGGCCGACGCAGUCUAGAGGCAGCCGUUCCCACAUAAUUUUACACACACAAUACAGAUUAUUAAAAAAAAAAAAAAAAAAAAGAUAGUGCACAUUAGCUAGUAAUACUACAAGGUAUAGACAAAACUAAAAUGUACAUCCACAGGAAUGCGUGAAAGACUUUGAACCACUCUUCAUCGUUGACCUUCACAGUGAUAGUUAUUUUUGUUUUGUUUGGUUUUGUUUUAAAGAAAACACUACAGCUUCCUGUCUCUGCACACUAGUUUUGCCUUUCCAGCUAACAUUUAGCACAGCCGUGGAAGGUUUCCCCUCUUUCUCUGUAGCGGAUGGUUAAGGAGGGCCGUCAUACCAUGCAAACUCCACUUCUGCUUUUAUUUUUCUCUCUUUUUCCUACAGUUUGCUUUUAACAAGAUAAAUUAUUUUUAGAUGAUAUUGAUUUGGGUGCUUUUUAAUAUUUUAAUUUUAAACCUCUGAUUAUUAAUGUUUUAAAAAAAGGUUACUGAGUUUUUUAAGGUAAAUGUGUUAACGUUCACAUAUCCCACAAGCUCAGCCUCUUGAAGUGCUAGCGAUCAUUCUGCAACCUUCACGUACAUUUUACACGUAAUUUAUUUCCAUAAUCAGCAUUGAGGUUUUUAUUCACUUUUUUAAAAAAAAGACACAUCAUAAUUGGGAAUAUCCCACCAAUCAGUUCAUAUUUACUGAUAUGAGGUUUAUUGAUUUUAUCAGUGCUGUAUAGCUCUGUAUCAACUUUAUAACCAUAUCAAAUCUAAGAAUCAGUCAUUGGGGUUUUUUAUACGAUAUUUUGGAUUUGGAUCAGUGUUGCAAAUGAAUGUAUAUUGUUUUAGGCUCUCGUGUUCUGAGGGUUUCAUCUUACCAUAAAGCUAAAAAAAAAAAAAAAAACCUCAUUACAGACUGCCUGGAUUCAUUUAAGUGCAGCUUAAACCGAACUAAACAGCUCUCUAAUGUUCCUGGACCAGGACGAGAAGAUGAAAGACUAUUUAAAAAAAAAAGGUCAUCUUUCUGUCUGAGUGCUAUGGUUACAUCCAUGAGAAAACCAGAAUGUCAUCCCCUUUGCAUUGUUCUGCUUCCUGGACCAUGUUGCAUGCUGUUUGCUUGGAACAUUCCCAUUACCAGACUGACUGUUAAAAAAAAAAAAAAAAAAAAAUUGGUAUACAUAAUUCACUUCAACGAACUCUCAGACCAUGAACUUUAAAGGAGCAGUCUGAAGAGAAUGUCCAGCUGUCCAUCUUAUCAAAAUAUGGUACCAUUCUUUCUAUUUAUGUGACACUGGGGUUGGAGGAUGAAGUUUUUAUGUUCCCCUGUUUUGUUUUUUGUUUUCUUCUCCCGUGUGACUCAUGUUCAUACCGUAUACUUUGUCUCUGGAGUGGCUACUCGAGUUUUCUUUUCCAAUGAGAUUUCAAUCUAAAGCCACUGAAAUGCUGAACCUUGUGUGAAUAAUGUACAAAAUGCUGUGAGAAGCAAAACUCCAAGGUGAAACUGAGCCAGUGUGUGCAGUGACGGUGGGAUCCAGGCACAGUCUCAGUGGAGGUCCACUGCAUGUACUGUAUAUUGGCUUCUUUUGCAUUGCAUUAUAUUGCAUUAAUUUUUUUUUUUUUAAUCCUGGAUGAGGAAAGGUAAAUUUCCCAUCCCUCUCUAGAACACAUCAUUCUCAAACCAGCUGCCAUGAAUACUGUGGUCACUCUUCUGUCAAACAACGUCUAUCUUUACUAAUUGUAGUUUUUCAUCUUGCUCUUGCUAACUGAAAUUCAGUUUUGGGUGACAGUACUUGGGAAAUGGCUAAUUGAUCGUUUAUUGUAUUUUUGUAAAGACAGAAAUCACGUUUUCACUCGAUUAAGGAAUGGGAUUCACUACAUUUUUGCAGCAGGACAGUUGUUUUGAUCUCUCUUGUUCUUGAUUUCUUUGGGAUGGGUUUUUUUUUUUUGCUACAUAGGUGACAGAGGGGCUGAAUGUGUGGGGUAGAGCUCAUUCAGGACUGUAACUAGUGAAUUUGUACAACCAAAGAAGUCUAUUUUGUGGUUCAGGAAUAAUAAAGUUUACUUUUCAUUUAACAA